CACUCACACUCGACUUGGUGCAGUGAGUAGAUGCUCAGAGCGGUCCACUGCCUCUCGCCUCUCUGCUCAGGCUCAAGCUGACAGUGGGCUUUACAUUCGCCUGAGGGGAAAACAGUCGGAACGUUGAUUUAAUUUUACAGUAUAGUUACUGCUCAGACGCGUAAGCGAAAGAGAAGAGCAAGAGAGGAUAAGACGGAAUGGCCUUUCCUGACAUCACGGAGAAUGACAUAAAAGAAGUGAUGCUUGAGGAGGCAGAGGACAUCUUUGAUGAUAACGGAGUGUCUUCCCGCUUCCCAGACAUCAUGGCUGCUGGCACUCACUCUCCUGGAGGGCCCAAUGGCAUCAUCAGGAGCCAAUCGUUCGCCGGCUUCAGCACCCUACAGGAGAGACGCUCACGGUGUAACUCUUUCAUGGGGAACUCAGCAGUGCAGAAGAAGCCCAUCUCAAAGCCCAGGAAGCCCCAUCUGUCCGGGCACAAGUCCAGCAGCAGCAGCAGCUCACGAGAGCCGCAGCCCAAAAGAGUGGAAGAAGUUUACGGAGCCCUCAAACAAGGCCUGGAUGAAUAUCUAGAGGUGCACCAAACAGAGCUGGAUAAACUCACUUCCCUCAUGAAAGACAUGAAGAGGAACUCCAGACUGGGUGUGCUGUAUGAUCUGGAUAAGCAAAUCAAGACCAUAGAGCGAUACAUGCGACGACUGGAGUUCCACAUGAGUAAGGUCGAUGAGCUGUACGAGGGCUUUUGUAUUCAGAGAAGGUUGCGUGAUGGCGCCAGUAAGAUGAAACAGGCCUUUACUGCUUCACCCUCCACUAAAGGCACACGUGAGAGCCUGGCUGAGGUCAACCGCAGAUACAAAGAAUAUACAGAGAAUAUGUGCACUUUUGAGGGCGAGCUGGAGAACCUGUUGGGGGAGUUUCAUAUCAAAAUGAAAGGAUUGGCCGGUUUUGCCAGGCUUUGUCCGGGCGAUCAGUAUGAGAUUUUCAUGAGAUACGGCCGUCAGAGGUGGAAACUGAAGGGGAAGAUCGAAGCAAACUCCAAGCAGAGUUGGGAUGGAGAGGAGAUGAUCUUCAUGCCCCUCAUUACAGACCUCAUCAACAUCAAGGUGACAGAGUUAAAGGGGUUGGCUACUCACAUCUUAGUGGGUAGCGUGAUCUGUGAAACCAAGGACCUGUUCACCGCUAUGCCUCAGGUGGUAGCUGUAGACGUCAACGACCUGGGAACCAUUAAACUUAACCUGGAGGUUGCCUGGUUUCCGUUUGACGUAGAGGAUCUGACCCUGUCCUCAGGAAACGUGAGUAAAGCCACCGCCCUUCAGAGACGAGUUUCAGUGUACAGCCAAGGCACACCCGAGACGCCCACUUUCCAGGACACGUCUUUUUUUAAGUGGCAGCCCCGGCGGUGGGAGGGUCAGCGUCUUUCGUUCUUGCACACGCUCAGAGAGACGCUCUUAGAGAAACUCAGACGCAGUCGCUCUUUUGGCGAUCUGACCGCACUGAGACCUCGCUCAAGGUCCAGUCUGGAAGUCUACUCCACUUUACCAGAUGACGUCUUUGAGAAUGGAGGUUGUGGUGUGGCCGAAUGCAAGCGUCUGUCCUUCACCUUUUCUGACAUGUCAACCUCAAGCUCUGCCCCCAUCCAGUCAAACCCUGAGAUCACCGUCACGCCCCCUGAGACGGACCCUUCCUCUGAACCAGCUCCCAUCCCUGAGGAGGACAGGCCAGUUGAGGAGGAGUGCGUUGAGGAAGACUGCGGCAGUGUCAGCGCCAGCGAUCCAGACCUGGAGUGGGACCAGGUUGAGAGCCAGGGGCCCGGCACAGGCUCCGCUGCCCUCUCACUGUGCUCCGAGAGUCAGCUGUCUGCGGUGGGACCGGAGGAUGUGGUGUUCCUGGAGUCCAACAUACCUGAUGAAGCCCUGGAGCUGAAGCCAGUAGAACUGGACGGGGAGGAAGGCAGUUUGACCAGGCAGCUGGUGAGGAGGCUCACCUCCUCUGACAUGCUGCCAGAGGCCAGCUCUCUGAGCUGGUCUGGAGAGGGUAGCAGGACUUUCCUGGAGAGCAGCCUGGAGGAGGCCAUUCAGUCUCUGCUCCUGCGGCUGGAGAGCUUAGGCCAGCGCUGCGGGGAGCUGCAGGACUUGGAGCAGGAGGUCAUGAGACUUGAAGACCUGCUCAAGUGCCGGGUACCUGCCCAUAGGAGCCGCUCAUCAAGCCUUAGUUUGACUGUGGAGAGCGCUCUGGAAAGCUUCGACUUUCUCAACACCUCAGACUUCGAUGACGAUGACACAGGAGAUGAUGCGGGCACCCUGUCACGCUCUGUCUUCAUUGACAUGGAGUCCGAGAGAAUCGGGUCAAGCCAACAUCCAGAAGCAAGAGGACACCUGAGUGAAGCCCUCACAGAGGACACUGGUGUAGGGAACAGCGUGGCCGGCAGCCCGUUGCCUCUCACCACGGGAAAUGAGAAUCUAGACGUGGCCAUCGUUAUUCAUCUACAAUACUGCAAUCAUCUCAUUCAGUUGUUGAACUCAGGAGGAAGCCAUUCGCAACACAAGACAUACCUGCACAAACUAGCAACUCAAACUCUCCUGUUGGAGGAGCUCAGUGAGAAAAACUUUGACAGACCGGGCAGCUGCACUUCAGUGUCAGAUGUGCUGCCUGGGCUGGUGGAGCGGCCGACACUAAUGUCUCUGUGGUCCGACUGCAGUGGUGGUCUGUUCCAUACUACACUGGACCGAGUGUUAAAGCACAUGCAUCUCAGCUUUGCCUUGCCACUGCAACAGAUUCUACCUCACUCUCCUGACUCAGUGAUCAGGAUGGUGGUGAAUGAAAUGGUGGACAGGAGCGAUCUGGCCUCAUCUUCAUGUCCGUCGCCGUCUUCCCUGGCACAGGAUGUCCUCACCGUGUUUCAGUUUCACCACUACUCUGUUGAACACGAUGUCAUGGACAUGGAGCGACACCUGCUGGAUUUAGCCAAAGAGGUCAUGCUUGAAGAAGCCCUGAGCUGUGGGGACACAGAACGUUCUCUGAAGGAACUACAGGAAGUGUCCGUCAUGUGUCUUCAGCCCCGCCCUCAAACCCUGUGGGCCAUGGCAAGGCUGCUGACCUCUGAUGACCCUGAUGUGAUGAAGGCCGCAACAGCUUUCCUCUCCUCUGCUGCCUCACACAAGCCCUUCAGGUCAAAGGCUGUUGAUUGUUACACACAAGCCUUAUCAGAAGUAGGGUUACACACACCAAGAGCUGCAUGUGCCGCUCUGAGCUGCCUGCAGGCUGUGGAGAGCAUUGACGCUGUGGUGUUACUGUGUGACUCAGCGGACGAAGAUCUCCGCCAGAUUGCCAUAGAAACCCUCCUCACUUUUGGUGAAGAUGGGCGUCUGGCAUACGAGCAGUUGGACACAGUGCCGAGGGAGAUUGUGCGGCUGGGGACUCGCCGUGGUAAUGCUGUUACCACUUCAUUUUAGAAAAAUCAUCUUGUUGUCAUCCUCGUGACCCUGCACACUCCUGACGGGAAAUACUCACAACCUGCUUGCAAGUAGAACAAGUGAGGCUUCCCCUUCGAUUCAGGCCCAAAUCUUGAGACCUUCAUCACGAGGUCUCCUUUUCUACAAGAUGUUUUCAUUUAAACUACUCGUGUCGCAGUGGUCAUGAGUCAUUGUUGCUGAUUGAACGAUAAGAGUAUUUAUUAUUGGCAGUUAGUUAUUUGCACUGUCGGAGGCGUGUAAAUAGCACAGCGAAUCUUAUUUUAAUUUUGUCCUGGGAAUUUUUUUUAUCUCUGUACGUGCCGUUCCGUUUCAGGGAUUACAAGGGGCUUUAUAUGCUCAAGUUUGAGGGUUUUUUUGACCUGGACAAAGUGAAAUUUCUAUAACCGCUGGGAAAGGUUGUUCCAACCAAGCCGGGCAUAUGGACUACUAAAAAAAACAGGCGUGGACGAUGGCCUGCUGAUUUACAGAUGGCUCACUUGCCUUCACUGGUCAGGAGUAAAUAUUUCUUUGGACGGAGCCUGUAGUGAACAAUUGCAUUAACACGGUACUAAUGUCUGGGCACAUGGGAUCUUGCAACAAGGGCUGUUUGGAGCCCAUCGGAGUAUCUGAAAAUGCACUUUUAUUCAGUCAGAGAAACGUGAUGCAUUACUGUGAAUUUUGGUUUAUGCAUAAAUGAAAACUGGAAGUUGAUUUGCUCUGUGAUCCGAACUUGCUUCUGUGCCUAUUGUUACUGUACUACUGAGUCAUGUGACUGUAAUAUCAUUGUAUUUAUUUUUUAAUUUCUCUUCACUAUAAAUGGUAAGAUUUUACCGUCUUUAAAAAAAAUAAAAAUAAAAAUACUGAGAACAGAUUGGAUUAACAUUGUACUAAACAUCUGUUCACAAUAUGAUUAGGUACAGUCAGGAUUCGGUAUUAUUGAGGGGCUAUACACUAUGAAAUAAUUUUUUAUAUAUAUAUAUAUAUAUAGUUGUCAUUUUACAUAUAGAAAGAUGUUAUAUUGAUCAGCACCAUCUUUUAACAGUGUAUUCGCUGAGUUAUAUACAGUAUUUGUGCUCAAGGGAACAUUUCCUGAACGUCUUUUCAGUAUGCUUAUGCACAUGACCUGAAAAAACGCUCUUUGCUAACCGAACGCUUGCCUCGCUUUGUGACGUUAUCACACCCAAAUGUGAAUUUACGCUUAUGGCGGCAAUUAAAACACAGUUUUGUAGAUCACCCUACCCAUUUUUACAAAUUUUUCUAUGACAUUGAGAAUUGUAUGAAAGUAGGGGCUUAAAUCCAUCAAAAGAGCACAUUUCGAGGAAUGUACUGAGUACGGAAAGGUUACUGUAAGUAUAUGCCUCAAAAGCACAACUGAAAUGUUUCUGUAAGAUUGUUUCUUAACAUGUUAUUUGGCAUCUACUGCACAAUCUCCUAAAGCCAUAAUGAUACAGUAGACAAUAUAUUUAAGGCCGUUUUGUGGUUUCUAUUUAUCGGAAUUAUCUAUAACAGAUUAUAACAAUUAUACUUUUGUUUUUCCUGUUUUCUGUAUUCAGUCACAGAAAUUAAUGGCUGUUUUCCUCUUGCUUUGCGAAUAAUGACCACCAUUACAGUAUUUGACCCUGGGCAUUGGUGAUCACUCCUUGAGAAUUUCUUUCUUUGCACAGAGAUUUCAAGUGAAAAGGUUGGAUGAACUUUUAUUGCCUUGUAUUCAUCUCAGACAGAAGCUCAGUGAACUGCAUUUUAUUGUUCAAACCUCAUUAAAUUUGUGUCCUUCUUGAUAGGAAAGCUGUAGUUGUCAUGGUUUUGUGAGCGUGUGACUGUACGUGUCGAGGGCUUGAGCGCACAGCUUGCCGUUACAAUAGCUUUAGCUACUACUGUUUGAAUGAAAGCAGAUUUCACUUGAUGUCACAAUGCUAAUGUUCCCUCAUUGUUUCAUUGUUUUUUGAGUUUACUGUAUUUCCUCUGCUGAAAGUGGCAAUAAAAUUUAUUUUUGCAUAAUUA